AUGGCCGACUCGGCAGCCGACAUUGAGGCGCACGAGAGCGCCGCCGGCUCGACCUCGGCCUCGCAGACAGCCAAGGACCUGUUUUCGGGCGCGGCAGGCGGCAUCGCCCAGGUGCUGAUCGGCCAACCUUUCGACAUCGUCAAAGUCCGCCUGCAAACCAGCACCACGUACCCGUCCGCCCUCGCCGCGGCGACGUCGAUCUGGAAGAACGAGGGCCCGCUAGCCUUCUACAAGGGCACGCUGACCCCGCUGCUCGGCAUCGGCGCCUGCGUGUCCAUCCAGUUCGGCGCCUUCCACUCCGCCCGCCGCUGGCUCGAGCAGCGCCACCACCGCCCGGACUCCCCCCCUCCUUCCGAAAAAACAACCCAGCACCACCAGCUCUCCUACGGCGAGUACUACGCCGCCGGCGCGUUCGCGGGGCUGGCCAACAGCGCGCUGUCCGGGCCGAUCGAGCACGUGCGCAUCCGGCUGCAGACGCAGCCGCACGACGCCGGCGCGCGCCUGUACUCCGGGCCGUGGGACUGCGUGCGCAAGCUGUGCCGGCCACAGCCGCAGCAGCAGCCAGGCGCAGGCGGGGGCGGGGGCGGGGGCGGGGGCAUCGCGCGGGGCUUGUACCGGGGGCAGGCGGUGACGCUGCUGCGGGAGGCGCAGGCGUACGGCGUGUGGUUCCUGGUGUUCGAGUGGCUGAUGAACGCGGACGCGGCGCGCAACGGGGUCGAGCGGGCGGCGAUCCCGAGCUACAAGAUCGCGCUGUACGGCGGGCUGGCCGGCGAGGCCCUCUGGCUGGCCAGCUACCCGCUCGACGUGGUCAAGAGCAAGAUGCAGACCGACGGCUUCGGCGACGCGCAGCGGUACCGCACCAUGCGCGACUGCUUCCGGCAGACCUGGCGCGCCGAGGGCAUGCGCGGGUUCUGGAAGGGCAUCGGCCCCACGCUGUUGCGCGCGAUGCCCGUCAGCGCGGGCACGUUCGCGGUCGCGGAAAUGACUAUGCGGGCACUCAACUAA